GAAAACACGGAAAAGGGCGGUAGCAGAGAAUCUGCUGAGCAGGCCGGCGGUUAGCCUAAAAGAUGGAGAUUUAAUCCGGUUCAAAUGUUUCUCCUGAGUGGUUUUAUUGUUAUUUCAGGUUCAGGAACUUUGUUACAAACUAACACAGCCGGCGGUGGAGUCAGGGAUGUCGGUUAUCAUACAGACUCGUGGUGAAGUAGGCGGGGGUGUCGCGGCUCACCUCCAGUGCCCCCACUGUGGCCAUUUCUCCAAGAGCCACGCCCAUCAGCUCUCCCACAUUGCGGCAUCCCACCCCUCCUGCCUUGACGGUGUGGUGAUGGGACGCCUCGGGAACAUCCUGAUGUACCAGAGCGGCGCCCGGCUCUUCCACUGCUCCUACUGCUUCUACACCAGCAGAGACUUCACCAAGCUCUACAAGCACAUCAUCACCAAACACUGCAUGGAUGAAAGGGACAAGGGAGGCGACAACGGGAGCGAGAAGGGUGACGAGGAGGACGAAGAAAUGAAAGAUGCCACCAAAAGAAAGCAAACUAUUAAGACUGAGGAAGAGGAAGAAGAAGAAGAAGAAGGGAAAGGUGACGCCAAAAGAAAGAAGAGCAAUGAGGAGGAAGGAGAAGGAGGGAAAGAUGAAUCUAAAAUAAAGAGCAUCAAGACUGAGGAAGAGGAGGAAGGAUGCAGGGACGUCCUGAAAAGAAAGAGGAGCAGUGAGGGUGAAGAAGAGGAGGAAGGAGAGGGGGUGGAGUCGGUUAAAUGCGAGUAUGAUGACAAAAGCGUGCUACUGUUUGAUGGCGCCAGGUACCGCUGCCUAAUCUGUGGUUGGAAGAACAAGCUGAAAGCUGUGGGUGUCAGCCACGUGGUGCGCAAGCACAACAUUCCCAAAGCGUACGCCAACCAGGCCAUCAGACGUGACCUUGCCACAGCCAACCAGAUGCAGAGUGGCGGGGGGGUGGAAGAGGAGGAGGCAGCGGUGGCCGGGCUGAGCGGUGAGCUGCUGAAGGAGGAGAUGGAGGCCACGGCCAAAGUGGUGCGCUUCAUCUCCAACCGCUUUGUGUGCCUGAUGUGCGGCUGGAAGACCAAACUCAAAGGUUUCGCCAUCAGUCACGUGGUGCGUUGCCACGACGUCAAGCGGCCGUACAGCUGCAAGGACUGCAAGCGCAGCUUCUUCUUGCCGAGCCGGCUGCAGCGGCACAUCAGCUCCGCCCACCGGCCCGGCCGCUACGCCUGCCCCUUCUGCUGCUUCAGGUCGCACUUCCUGGGAGGCUUCGGGAGACACUGCAGCCGCUGCAACGCCCGCGAGGAGGAGGGGGAUGGCGGUGAUGGAGGGGCAGUGGAGGAGGAGGACAACGAGGAGGAGGAGGAGGGAGAGGACAGGAAGGAGACAAGAGGGGAAAAGAAACGCAGAAGUCUGGGGAUGGUGGCGGCGGCGGAGGAAGACGACGAUCAGGACGAAGAUGACGAAGACUGAAAAGGAGGAGGAGCUACAGAAGCACGCGAUACUCCGCUGAACAUUUUUAACCUGCAGAGAACAAAUAUCUGUUUCACCGAGUCCGAAUAAGCUUCUUUUUUUUUUUACGAUUCGUCUGCUUUAAUGAAGCUUCGUGUCUUAAAUUUGGAGAUUCGGGUGUUUGAAGCUCGACUGUAAAAAGAGCUUCAAAUCACCGCUUGAAAAUGAAUUUGAUGACGUUUGUGAAGACUGCUCACAUCAUCAGCAUCUGGAUCCAACUCUUUAACAGACUGAGUUUGUUUAAUUACGCUCAGCUGAAUGUAACCGCUGGUUUAAACUUUAUUAUUCACGGUUUCAUUCACAGUUUAAUGCAGCGGUCUUAAAGAUUUUAAUUUAAAUGCAUGUUUGAGGUCACUGUGAUCUCACAGCAGUUUGUGUCUCUGAACACGAUUUCUCAUCUGACUUGUGUCCAUUUAGCUGCCAAACUACACUGGGAAGACGGCAAACGUGUUUAAACUCAUCACUGCCAAAACUUUUGGACACAACUGAACUCAAAACUAAUAUUUUCAGCUUUUAAAAGGUCAGAAUUGAAAGGUUUAGUAAUGAUGUGACACAUUCACAUCGGAAACCCAAAUUAGAGUCUUACGCGUCACUGGUCUUGACACUGCAAUUGAUUUUUUUUAAUACUCAUGUAUGGAUCACCAUUAAAAACUAUUUGUUUAGGUCUAGGAACCGCUCGUGGCCUGCUGCUUUGUGUUUUCUUGGUUUCCAUGGGGAUGUGUAAACGGGAAAUAAGCUUACCGUUAACAUAGACAAGGUUCAAAGUCAUGCUGUUGUCUGUAGUGACUGCAUUAACUUACUGAGCACUUAGUGCUGCUUCAGUUUUACAUUAAUAGUAUUAAGCUGACAAACGAAGUGGACGGUUAUUGUGAAGUAGCCAAAGGAAAUGCAACAUUAGUCAGCAGCAUUUACCACUAUAGUACAAGAAUGAUUUUAUCAGCCAUCCUAAAAUGUCUAGAGAAGAGAGGAGCUACCUGACAGAGGUCAGUGUAUGUGCAAAAACACUUUUUUUUUUUCUACUUUUGGAUCUGGAUGGCAUCACAGAGAGCAAAUCACGUGAGGCACACAGGAACCCCGCCUACCUGCUGAUCAAACCUGUUUGUAAGGUGCAGCCAAUUGGAAAAACUGGCGGCUAAGACAGCCUGUGGUACAUGUGAAGCUCCUCUGGAAAAGUGUAAGAGCUUCCAGGAACUGGCCAAUCAGAAUAAAAUCAACUUUAAGGGAGCAGAAACAAUUUGUUUUAUAAAAGCUGUGAAAAGGGCAGGUAUCUGAAAUAAACUCAAUCUUUAAAAGGCUGGUGAAGUCUCACUAAA